AUGACGUGGAGUAAAUUAAAUAUAUUAAAUCUACUUCAUGAGGUGGAUACAAAAAUUGUUCGCAAAUUUUUUAAAUCAAAUCAUUUAAAGUAUCGAGUUACAAAUGUAGAAAACGCAGAACUAUAUAGAGACAAAGCAAAAGGAUAUAAUAAAAUUAUUGGAGCUAUUGGACAAAAAGGCAAAAUAAAAUUUUGUCCAAAUAUUGCUACAACAGGUACAAAUAAUGCAAUCCCAGGGAAAGUAUUCAUAAAUACUGGACCCGUAGAAGCAGAGGCAUUAUGGAAGCCCUUCAUGUUCACCGUUGCUUUUACAAGCAUCAGUUUUAUGAUGGCAGUAAUACUGCAAUAUGAAAGAGUUAGAAAUUAUGCGUAUAGAGCGUUAAAAGAUCCAGACAUUUGGUUUAAUUAUCAAAAUGAUAAACAUCGCUCCUCUUCAAGAGAAAGUCAAAUCGCAAAAAAAAAUUGGUGGAACAAUUUAUCUAGCGGCGAGCGAGUAUUUUUGCCGAUAUGCAUUGCUAAUAUUAUUGUAUUCGGAGCUUGGCGUAUACCCAGCCUGUUACCAGUAAUGGUGAAAAAAUUCUGUUCUAAUCCAGCAAGUAGUUCUCCCUGUUGGCCAAUGUUUUUGUCGACUUUCAGUCACUAUUCACCUCUACAUUUAUUUGCAAAUAUGUACGUUCUACACAGCUUCAGUGCUGUGGCAAUGUCUUCUCUCAGUCCAGAGGAAUUUCUUGCCUUAUACUUCAGUUCAGGUGUCAUUGCAAGUUUUUGUAGUUACUUAGUUAAAGCAGCUACUGGUAAAUCUGGAUUGACUUUGGGUGCAUCAGGUGCAAUCAUGGGCAUAAUAGGAUUUGUCUGUUUAAGAUAUCCUGAAACAAAAUUAAGCAUAAUAUUUCUACCCUGGGUCCAAUUUUCUGCGCUUUCUGCAAUAAAAGCUAUGAUGGCAUUAGAUAUUACUGGAAUUCUAAUGGGCUGGAGAGUGUUUGACCACGGUGCACAUGUUGGAGGAGGUCUAGCAGGAAUAUUUUGGAGUUUAUUUGGACAUCCAGAACUUUGGCAAAAACGGGAAACUUUACUAAAAUAUUGGGUAAAAAUAAGAGGAGGGCAAGGGCCAAAUUAAUAUACAUUUAUAUGUUAUAAAAAUGUACCUGUUGAUCAUUUCAAUGUAUUCGAAUAUUUGCUGUUAUUAAAUUUAUAGUUAAAAAUAAAGUAUUUAAUUGAAUCAAGAUAGGAAUAUUUUAAUACAAUUGGAAU